AUGGCUUCUGAAUCCGGCGAUUCCUUCUACGCUAGUGAAUCCUCUAGCACCUCUCAAGCAGAGGAUUCUAUUAUUAAUUCCUCUCAGAUAUCAAUUAAUACAACAUCAGAAAAAGAAGAACUAGAUAUAGAUAAAAUUAAGUUUAUUAAUAUUACUUCUAAUGAGUUUAAUUCUUUAUUAUCUUAUUUAAAUAACUCUAGUCCUACUGUUAAUUAUAGAGGCUUAACUAAAUACUUAGUAUACCUAAAGAAAAUAUUAUUAGAUAAAUUAUCUUAUAAAGAUCAAGAAAAAGUAUUAAAAAAUAACUAUAAAUUCCAAACUGCUAUUAACCACGCAAAAAAGGGUAAAGAAUUCCCUGUUAAUAGUUAUAAAACAAAAAUACCCCUCUUUACUAAUCUUCCUCUAGGGAAUAUUUAUUAUCAACUAUUAGAUAUUAAAGCCCUACAUACUUCUAAAGAAAACCAAGUAGAUAAAGAAUUCUACUAA